GGGGCCGGCGGCCUGGAAAAGCCUAGAAAGAGCUCCCCUUUUCUUCCGCCUCCCGGUCGCCGCGGAAGUGGGCCGAGCCGAGGCCUCGGGGCGAAUCGCGGCGCGCGGCGCGGCUGCCGCCCUCCGGGGGGCGGGGCGGCGGGGCGGCGCCUGCGCGCUGGGCGCCUCGGGCUCACGUGGCCAGCGGCGGCGGCGGCUCUCUCCUUGCGGCCGCGGCGCGACAGCGGAGCACAGGCGGCUGCGGCGGCGGUCGGAGUCAUGGCAGGACAGGCCUUUAGGAAGUUCCUCCCCCUCUUCGACCGAGUCCUGGUGGAGAGGAGCGCCGCGGAAACGGUCACCAAAGGCGGCAUCAUGCUUCCAGAAAAGGCGCAAGGAAAAGUAUUGCAUGCCACAGUGGUCGCUGUUGGAUCGGGCUCCAAAGGAAAGGAUUUCUAUAAUUGGCCUGAUGAAUCCUUUGAUGAAAUGGACAGUACACUAGCUGUGCAGCAGUAUAUUCAACAGAACAUAAGAGCAGAUUGUUCCAAUAUUGACAAAAUUCUUGAACCACCUGAAGGCCAAGAUGAAGGUGUAUGGAAGUAUGAACAUUUAAGGCAAUUCUGUCUUGAGCUCAAUGGACUUGCUGUCAAACUUCAGAGUGAAUGCCAUCCAGACACAUGUACUCAGAUGACAGCGACUGAGCAGUGGAUUUUUCUUUGUGCAGCUCAUAAAACUCCAAAAGAGUGUCCUGCUAUAGACUAUACUAGACACACACUUGAUGGUGCUGCAUGUCUUCUGAAUAGCAAUAAAUAUUUUCCCAGCAGGGUUAGCAUAAAGGAAUCAUCUGUAGCAAAACUAGGAUCAGUAUGUCGUAGGAUUUACAGAAUAUUUUCACAUGCUUAUUUUCAUCAUCGGCAGAUAUUUGAUGAAUAUGAAAACGAAACAUUUUUGUGUCAUCGGUUUACUAAAUUUGUGAUGAAAUAUAAUUUGAUGUCCAAGGAUAACCUGAUUGUACCAAUUUUAGAAGAGGAAGUUCAGAAUUCAGUUUCUGGGGAAAGUGAAGCAUGAAGGGAAUCAUAUAGAAGAAAAUUGUACUGAUCACAUAAUUAACAUUAAUUAUGUACUGUAUAUAUACCAUUUUAGACACAUCAAUCAUGUAUCCAUAUUAUAGCCUCUUUGUUUAGGGUAGGUUUUUGUAUGCUGAGUGUUGCCUUUUAAAAUGGGAAAUACUUUUUAAGUUAUUCAUGAGCUGUAUAUUCACUGGUGUGGCACUCAUGGUUUUUAAAUAAGAUUAGUAUUAUCUGUUUAUAAUGCCUGUUAAUAAAAGAAUUUACAGUUUGGUAAAAUUGCUGCUAAACAAUCAUUGGAUCACAAUCCUCAUCAAAUAAACCCAUCUAUAAAAAGAUGAGUGAGCUUGAGGUUUCGCACAAGCCAUUUACUAAAGAAAUAGUAAUGUUUUCCUUUGGUUUUACCCCCGAGUUUAGUUAGUCUAGAAAAUUCUGUAGCACAUAGUUUAGUCUUAACUAUUAACUUUUCAAAAAUUAGCUAAAAGUGUUUUAAAAUUCUGUUUAUAGUUUUUGAUAUACAUAUAUGAUUAUGUAUAUGUCCAAAUAUAAAUCAAAUGAAGCAUUAGUAAUACUGAAAUAAUCUUAAUACUACAUAAAGUAAAUUCUAGACCAUGUACUUGGAGAAGAUUUACUUUUUGUGAUAGUGGACUGUUACAUACAAGAUGGUGAUAAUAGUAAGUGCAUAAAUGAUGUUCCCACUGCAAACCUACCCUGUCCUUCCCUUCUCAUUUCCCUUCACUCCCUCCCCAACUACAUGGCGGAAAAGCUUUUCACCAGACUGAGCUAGUGGUAGCUUAUAUCUAUUUAUGUUGUAUUAAUUGCUUACAGACUAUACCUCAUAAUUAGCAAUUACACUACAGGAGAAAUGUAUCUGCAUAGGCUCUUGCUUAUCUUUGUUUUGCUAAAUUGUUCUAACUACUUAGGAAAGUUUUAAAACUACUUUGAUUCUCUCUGUUAGCAAUAUUAUUCUUUUUAUCUAACCAUCAUCAAGGCAGCAUUUAAAUUGAGUUGAAAAAUACUGUAGUAUUUAUUUUAUGACCUUUACCUACAAAGUUUAUGUUUGAAUUAUAUACACAUGUAAUUUUUUUUGCAAGAAUUUACAGGUUCCAGGGGUGCUGAUGAAUGGUAUUACAUAUUUUAGACUUUGUAAUAAUUCAGUGUCUUAAGGAUUCAACUGUAAAUUUUACAGUCUUAAACUGAAUGCAGUUUUUAAUAAGGCACUGGAGUUUAAUUGCUAAACUGGUUGUAAUGAGGCACUAUGAUAGGCUAAAAAAAUUGUACAUGUAGUGAAGAAAAUGUAUAAAUCCAUCUCUUGAACAGAGUUAAGCGUGGGGAACUUGUUAUUUAAAAUGAUCGUUUUGAAAUGAAGAUGAAAAUGUAUUCAUCUUGGUUUAUUUUUUUCAAAUUUGAGGACAUAUUUUAUAUCAUAUAAGGAGACAAGUAUGUACCGCUGAAACGGGAAUAGUAGCAUUCUGAGGGUGUGUAUGUAUGGAUGCCUUUCCGAGCUGCCUGUGUGUUUGAUUUGGAGCAGCUCUGUCCUCGUAGCCAGUCAUUCUUUUACCACAUCCACAACUAUCCUUUUACAUCACAGUGAAAUUAUACAUUUAUAUUAAUGUCACUAUAAACCUACAGGGAUAUUAAUUUUUACACAAACUUGCUAAACAUUGAGAGACUAAACUACUAAGUUAAUAAAUUAUAUGCAGCAAUGUAGCUGUUCUCUCUA